UCGUCUUUCAAAUGGUGUAAAUCUCGGUUUGCCAAACUGGUUAGGAGUUCAUCAUUUUGGUCGAGAAAAAUAACAACAAGCGGUAAAGAGUUUUGACAAGAAAUGGCGCGAAAUGAAUAGAUGGACACGCGUGCUGGUUUUGGCGGUAAAUUGAGUGUAAACGUACCACAUAUAUAAAAGCAGCCAUUUUGCGAGAGCGUUCUUUGUGCAAUGGCUUUGCAAUGCCGAAACAUGAGUGUUUUACGCAAUGUCGUCCACUUAAAAAGAAAUUUAAGAUGUCUUUCAGAUAAGGAUUAUAUCGAGAAAACUUCAAUGCAUGAACAAAGCAUGUUUUCUUUCCCAAACAAUGGCGAAACUGAACAAGAAACAAGAUACAUGAUUUUUAUGGGAUAAAAGAUGACAAAGUCCAAGUCAAAAAGCAAGAAAGCUGAGAAAAAUAAAGAUUCGUCUUCAGCAGCAAAUGCGAACGAAGUYAAGCCUCCAAGCGUGGGCAGUGAACUUACGCCUGCUUCUCCGAGUCCCGUGAACGUAAUUCCRAAAAACGUGCCAAAAGUAUGGUUCCAAAGUGAGAUUCAGAGUAUGAUGUAUGCAUUUGGUGAUAGUAGAAGACCUUCACCAGACUCUGCUGUGCUUAUAGAAGAAAUAGUUCACCAACAGAUGUCCAGUAUGAUCAUUAGAGCUGCUGAAGUAACAAACAUGCGUGGAGGAAGGUUUAUGAGUAUGGAGGAUGUACUGUUUCUAAUGAGAAGAGACAAAGACAAGCUAAAGAGGCUGAUCAAAUACCUCACAUUCAAAGAYUUGAAGAAUAARACACAGAAACAGGUGUCAAAUGAUGAUGACGAUGUCCUGGAUGUUGCUGCAUCAAGUGAGCUUAARGGYAGCAAGAGAAGGAAAAUUUCAUAUGACUUUUUGAGCACCAUAGACCAUACAGGAGAUUUGAUAUCUUUGUUUGAUGAUGAUGACUAUGAUGAAAUCAAGCAGGAGAGAAAUGAGAGAGCUGAUAGAAUAUCAAGAACCCUUGACCACCAGCAAUAUUUGGACUACAUUGAGUGCAGACAAGCCAACUUCAAUAAAAAAGCAGGAAAAUUCAAGGAAUGGGUAGACUGUGGCUCAYUGAUUGACAUGAAACCCAAUGCACCAGUCAUGGAGAUCUUCAGCUACUUGGCUUAUGAAACUGUCGCACAGCUUGUAGACUUGGCACUGUUGGUUAAAAAGGAUGCUGAGGGUGGAGAUGCUCUGACUGUUGCCAUGCCAACUGUAUCUAGUUUACCACAGAUUCAAACACUACUAAAUACAUCUUCCUCUUCAUCUACAACAUCAACAACACCUAACCAUACGCCACCUAGCACACCUACAACACCAACUACUAGUACARCAUCCUUACCAUUCUURCCAAGCCCUACACACAGUACUACAUCUACAACACCAAGUACUUCUACAUCUACCAAGUCAAAGUCAAAGAAACGCAAGGCUAAGAGCUCAUCAACAGCUCUACAGGAAACCAGUUCUGAUUGCAUCCAGCCAUGGCACAUUAGAGAAGCACUACGGAGGUACAACUACUAUAUAGGACCUAUGGCACCAUAUUCAUCUCACAUCAAGUCUACUCCAGCUUAUCGAUCCUUGUGYUGCUAACAAUAUCAACACUUUAUUUAAAUGUUAGCAGCUUGCUUUUAAACAACAAGCUGAUCCUUAAAUAGAGCUACAUUCCUAUAUUGUAUACUACAUUGAGUCCUUUAUUUGACAACUGUGCAAUAUUAA